AUGGUGAUGAGAAGAUUGUGCCGAAAAUUGGACCGGGAAGAUGGCCUGGAGACGGUGCUGGAGGUGCCCAUCCCGGAGGAAAUGUUCGCCGACGACGUCAACGCCGGCGGCGAGAUGAGGACUUGGCUCAACGCGCAGGCUUUCGACAACGCCGCCGCCGACGAUCAGCACCAGCAACAGCAAGUCUCCCGCCGUAAAUCCGAGCUGCAGCUCCUCCUCAACGUCGUCGGCUUGCCUCUCGUACCCUGCCCCGUCCCCUCCGAUCAUGCCUUCGGCGGCCGUUCUAUCCUCCUUCGUGAUAACUCCUCCCUCCAAGAGUCGUCGGCGAAGUACAUCAUCCACCAGUACAUCGCGGCGACGGGAGGUCAGGCGGCGCUGACGUCGAUAAGCACCAUGUACGCGGUGGGGAAGGUGAGGAUGAGCGCGUCGGAGUUCCAGGGGAGCGACGGCCCCAACGAGGUCGGAGGGUACGUGCUGUGGCAGAGGAGCCCCGACGUGUGGUACUUCGAGCUCAUCAUGGCCGGAUGUAAGAUGAGCGCCGGCAGCGACGGAAAGCUCACCUGGAGGCAGUCCGCCUCCAUGCAAUCCCACGCCCUCAGAGGCCCCCCGCGCCCGUUGCGCCGAUCUCUGCAGGUGUCGACACCGUGA